AUGAUGUGUGAUAUAUGAUUAGUGUUUAAACAGGUGCCGUUGCCAUGGAAACGGGCGUUGAGCAAUAGGUAUCCUUAAUAAGAUUGAAAUACGUAUAGGAAUGGGCAUUUCCAGCCAGUGAUCUAAAUAUGUAUAUUUUAUUAAUAGCAAUUGUGUGGAAAUGAUCAGUUUUUAUCAAUCUUGAACUAUAAUGACUAAAUGAUUCUAUAUAUUAAAUUUUAAAGUGUUAUUGUGACAUCACAAUAGCGGAUUUCAAAUGAGAAACAGUUUGCUUUACAUGGUCUCCGUGAAACUGAUAUCUUCCAUGAUUACAAUUGCAAAAGAAUAUGCACUUUAUGGAUAUCAAAUUAGAGCCAGUGCAAUAACGAGUAUGAUGAUAAGUAAAUCAACAUUAUUAGAUCAAGCUAUGCCGUGGUUUCAUGCUUUUGAAUCUAGGGUAUCAGUGGUUAUAGACACAAAAUACUGUUUGAGAGGUCUGAGACUAACAUAUUUUAUGCUAGUCUCGGGAGAGGUGGAACAACUUUUUAUCCUGAUCGAUGAGUCUGAAAGUCGCAAGAAAAGUGUUUUCCUCAGUACAUACGGUAUGUUGUCAU